AUGCAAGGUCAUGUGAUUACAUGGCCAUUCUUUGAGGAGCUAUUUCUUGGGAGAUACUUCCCAUAUGAUGCGCAGGAGCGGAAACAGGGAGAGUUUGACCGUCUGGUGCAAGGCUCGUUGACUGUGGAUGAGUACUUGGCUAAGUUUAAUGAACUAGUCAACAAGGCCAAGAAGGCCAAGUUAGCUGAUGUUAAGGGAACUGGUAGUUCCACUUCCUGGAAGGACAGGAAGUUUGGUAGAAAAGGAAAAGGGAAGCAGUUGUCUACGAGGCAGGUACCGAGUCAGUUUAAGACGACCUCUUCACAGCAGGGAGGUUUUGCUAGACCUUCUUCCAUCCCUAGAUGUACGGGAUGCGAAAAAGAGGAUUUGGGACGUUGUGCUACUAGAGAGCUGCUAUGCUUCAAGUGUGGAAAGAGUGGUCGUAUGACCAAGGAUUGUCAUACUUCAGUUGCUAGGGCUGCAGCAGUUCAGGCGGCCCCUCUUCAGAUGAUUCUUGCUCAACCUACAGAGGCACCUGUGGUGCCACCUGCCACUGGCCGAGUUUACACAUUGGAUAAGCAGCAGUUGGACAGAGCUCCGCACCUUGCGAGAGGUAUAUUUCACGUUGGGGAUACUUCAGUGAUGUGUUGUUUGACUUAG